UCAUCCAUAGAGGUAUGCCCUUUUCGGCCAUCGUUUGUUAUAAAUAACCAAAACCUUCGAGAAUGUUUCAAGAAAUGGAAAAUUUUGAGUUUUCAACCGAAUUGCUUCCGGGUUUGCCUGAAGAACUCGGUCUUGAGUGCUUAUCUCGGCUACCUUGCACAGCUCACAGACUUGCCUCCCGAGUUUGUCAUCGAUGGCGGGAUUUGCUCCAAAGCCCUGAUUUCUAUUACCAUCGCAAGAAACUAGGCUACACCCAAAAAGUCGCUUGCUUGGUUUUAAGUUUUAAUGGUGGAACAGUGAAUGGACCUAAAAAACCGGGUGUAUCACCGAAUUACGGGAUUGCUGUGUUUGACUCGGUGAGUCAGAGAUGGGAUAGACUCCCGGUUUACAGGUACCCAAAUGGGUUGCCUUUGUUUUGUCAUUUAGCAAGCUGUGAGGGGAAGCUUGUGGUGAUGGGCGGGUGGGACCCGGUGAGUUACGAUCCGGUUACUGACGUUUUUAUCUACGACUUCAUGACUCAGCAAUGGAGACAAGGGAAGGAUAUGCCGUCAAAAAGAUCCUUCUUUGCAAUCGGAGCAUGUUUAGGUGGGGUUUUUAUAGCGGGCGGGCACGACGAGAACAAGAACGCGUUAAGAAGCGCGUGGGUUUAUGAUUUGAGAAAGGACGAGUGGAGUCAGUUGGGGGAGAUGAGUGAAGAGCGAGACGAGUGUGAAGGAGUGGUGAUUGAGGAAGACGAGUUCUGGGUCGUGAGUGGGUACAGAACGGAGAGCCAAGGUCAAUUUGAUGGGAGUGCCGACGUCUACGGGUUAAAAUCGGGGCAGUGGAGGCGAGUCGAAGGGGUUUGGGAACCUGGUCGGUGCCCGAGAUCGUGCGUGGGGAUGGGGAAAGAUGGGAAAUUGGUGAAUUGGGCAGAGUUGAGCCCAGCGGUUCGGGUCGGAGCAUGUGGGAUCUCGCUUGGAGGGCGGGUUUUGGUUACGGGGUCGGGGUAUCAAGGUGGACCUCAUGGGUAUUACAUGGUGGAAAUGAAGGAAGGGCAACAUAGUAAAUUGGAGAAACUCAAUGUCCCUGAUGAGUUCUCUGGGUUUGUCCAAUCAGGCUGCUAUGCAGAAAUUUGAUGCAGUAGGCAUAAUUUUGUUCAAAUUUUUCUUUUAAUACGAGUAAUUCAACUCUCUUGCAGAGAAAAGCUGUUUAUUUUUCAUUUUUCCAGAUGAUGUAAAAUUUUGAAAAAAUAUAUAUUUGCACUAAAAUACGGUGGUAUUAAAAUUAAAA